AGCGUGACAGAGAGUUUGUGUGGCUGAAGAUGCCGGCACGACAGGGUGUCCACAGCGUGCGACCAUGCCGGGCACAAAACAGUUUCAACAUGUGAUUGAGACCCCAGAGCCUGGCAAGUGGGAGUUGUCUGGGUAUGAGGCAGCCCUGCCAAUCACAGAUAAGUCAAACCCACUGACCCAGGACCUCGACAGAGCAGAUGCCGAGCAAAUUGUUUGAUUGCUGGGACAGUGCGAUGCUGAGAUCUUCCAGGAGGAGGGGCAAGUCAUGCCCGCAGACCAGAGACUGUAUAGUGAAUCAAUUCUGACCACCAUGGUCCAAGUGGCUGGCAAAGUUCAGGAAGUGCUGAAGGAACCUGAGGGGGGGCUGGUGGUGCUGAGUGGUGGGGGCAACUCUGGCAGGAUGGCCUUUCUCAUGUCAGUCUCCUUCAACCAGCUGAUGAAAGGUCUAGGACAGAAACCUCUUUACACCUACCUCAUUGCAGGCGGUGAUAGGUCUGUGGUGGCAUCUAGGGAGGGGACAGAAGAUAGCGCCCUGCACGGGAUUGAAGAACUGAAGAAGGUGGCUGCUGGUAAGAAGAGGGUGAUUGUCAUUGGCAUUUCGGUGGGACUCUCUGCUCCCUUUGUGGCAGGCCAGAUGGACUACGGAAUGGACAACCCAGCCACCUUCUUGCCAGUCCUGGUUGGUUUCAACCCCAUGAACAUGGCAAGAAAUGACCCCAUAGAAGACUGGAGUUCCACAUUCCGACAAAGAGCAGAGCGCAUGCAGAAGCUGCAAGAGAAACAGGAAGCUUUUGUGCUCAAUCCUGCUGUUGGGCCUGAGGGCCUUAGUGGCUCCUCCCGGAUGAAAGGGGGAAGCCUGACCAAGAUCCUGCUGGAAAUCUUGCUACUGGCCGCCCAUAAGACGGACCAAGGCAGCGCAGCCUCUCAGAGGUGCCUUCUGGAAAUCCUGCGGACUUUUGAGCCGGCUCAUCAGGUGACGUAGAGUCAAAGCCCAAAGAUCGCUGCCCUGACGAAGCAAGCCUGCACCAGCCUGGAGAAAAAAGGCCGCGUGUACCUGGUUGGCUGGCAGACCCUGGGCAUCACUGCCAUCAUGGAUGGAGUGGAGUGUAUCCACACCUUUGGUGCCGGUGGGACCCCAGUCCAGACUUUCUUUCUGGCUCCUCCUGAAUGCAUUUCCUCUCGUGCCCAGGGUCCCCAGUUCUCCUUCUCCCAAGAGGACUCCCUGACUUCCACCUUGCCAUCCCUCACAGAAAUCGACACUGUGGUCUUCAUUUUCACCCUGGAUGACAACCUCACGGAGGUGCCGGCGCUGGUGGAGCAGGUGAAGGAGAAGACUGCCAACAUCCGGGCCCUGGCGCAUAGCACCGUGGGGCAGACCCUGCCGACCCCUCUGAAGAAGCUCUUCCCCUCCAUCAUCAGCAUCACGUGGCCACUGCUUUUCUUUGAAUAUGAACGGAACUUCAUCCAGAAGUUCCAGCAUGAGCUAAGCACCAAGUGGGUGCUGAACACCGUGAGUACAGGGCCCACGAGCUUCUUGGGAAGAUCCUCCAAAACCACAUUAGACCCGUGCAUUCCCAACUCCAAGCUCUUCUGGAGGGCGCUGGCCGUGCUGCAGCCGUUCUCUGGACAGCCCAAGGCUCGAUGCAUCGAGACCCUCCUGCAGGUGAUCCACUUCCCCCAGCCACUGUCGGAUGACAUUCCGGCUGCUCCCAUCUCCUUCCACAUCCAGCUCGCACACGAGAAGGAGCAGGUGAUCCCGGUAGCCCUGCUGAGCCUCCUAUGUCGGCGCUCCAUCCCCGAGGCGCAGGCGCGGCUGGCUGCUGCUGCGUCCGUCUGUGAGGCUGGCCGGAGCGCCCUCUCUGGGCCAGGUCGGAAACGCAGCGCGGACCCCCUGGAAGCCCCAGAGCCUACCCCGCUGUGAACUGGUAUUUCUAGGCGCGUGAAGCCCUUGGAGGCAUGGU